AUGGUUAGAAUUGUGCCGGAUGAUUACUUUCCCACCGAGGGCGAUGGGAGGCAGCCGGAGCCGUCGAAGGGAGGCCUGUCGACAUCAAGCGACACUGGCGCCCCGGCGUGGCCCUUCUCGGGCCUGUACACUCACAUCGUUGAGUUCGGGGCUCCCAUGGAUGAGGCCCUCCGUGCCGCCAUCGACAACGUCACCUCCCUGGUGCUGGCGGAUAAGAUGGAGGCAGCAAUCAGUGCCGUCGAGGACGCCGGGCUAAGCCUAGAGUUAGUCGCCAUCAAUGGGACACUGUUGACGAUGGGCGCCAACGCGCUGCUAAGCGUGCUUGCCAAGCCCAUGGAGCUUCUAUUUCUGGAACUCCUGCGUGGGGGCGGGCCGGGUGACCUCGUGAUGGCGUUUCAACGCGCCCUGUUUAGGAGCACCACCACCGCGGCCGGCGGCGGUGUACAGGAGAUGCGCCCCGACAGCGCCGGUGAGUCCAAGGCUCUGGUGGCGCGCCUCUGGGCCUGCCUUUUCUCGCUAGAUGCCGUCUGGAGGCGCUACGCCGAGGUGGCCAUGGUUUUAGUGUGUCUGGGGCUUUGCCUGUUGAUUUGGCUGGUGCGCCUCCGCUUCGCAAAGUACUUUGACAGCCUCGAACUACGGCUCUCUCAGCAGAACAAUGGCACAGCUCUUUCCCACAGCUGCCAGGCCACGACUCCGCGGAGGGAGUCUGCGCCCUUACUUCCCCUCACGCGAGAGGGAGCGCCGGAUGCGGACAUGCUGCCCCCGCCUAUAUCCUACUUGCGCGACGGCGGCGACAGCCAUCACUGCGGUGAUAGUGGCGGGCCGCCCUCACUUUCGGGUACCAUGUAG